CAAUAAAAUUCAAUGCAUAUUUACAAUUUGUUAGUUUGCUGAAAUGCCAAAUAAUUCCGCAGAUCUGGGCGAUACGCAACUGACCAGAAGACAGAAGAGAAAGCAGACGAUUUGGACGCGUGAGAAGAUCGCCAAGCUAAUCGAACUUUACCGCUCAUCGGAUUGUUUGUGGAACCACUAUUCCGAGCUAUAUAAAAACAAGGAUUGCAGGGCUAAAGCCAUCGAUUCCAUCUGCGCUUCCCUCGGGAUAACGAAACACGACUAUGGCAAAAAGGUGCACAACCUGCGCAACCAAUUCAAUGCGGAGCUUAAGAAAUUGGAGAGGAGGCUCGAGGAGUCUGGAGGAGAUCGAGAUUCCGAGAAGGCUUGUCGAUGGGAGCACUUCAAAACGCUGAUGUUUCUGCGAUCUGUUAUAGAACCGCGACCAGGAUAUCAACAAGGUCUUCCGGGCAAGAAAUUGGUGUCGAAGCUGGAAAUGUGCUACCCAGAUCAGGAUGUGGAAAUGCAGAGCCAACCCUCAAUAGAAAGCCUUGAAUCCAAAUUUAUAGAUAACGAUGCAGAAACAAGUGAGCCUCCAAAGGUCAGCGAACCCAUUCCGAUGCCUCCAGAACCUGCGCCGCCUUUCAAAUUGUUUGAUCCAAUUCGAACAGUCGAAGCUCCCGCAACUCCAGCUCCCGUCCACAUACCAUCCAGUGGUCGGGAUCAAUGGGACGCUUUUGGAGAACUAAUCGCCAGUGAAUUCCGCAACCUGAACUCUGAAGUUUCGCGCAAGAGGCUGAAGCGGAAAAUAAUGCAAGUUAUGCUGGAAGUCGGCGAAGAAGAUGAUCUUACAAACAGUUGAUUGUAGAAUUCUGUACAUGUUUAAUACAAUGGACAUCCUUUUAAUGUAAAUCUUUAAUAGAAGCAGCACACAGAUCAUUCAAAGACUUCAUCGCAAGACACUUUGUAUGUACAUUUUAAACACCUUUCAAUAUAAAACGGAAGUGGUUAGACUUCGCAUUGUUAAGCUAUCAAAAA